GCCAAUCUUAUCUUAUCUGCCAACGUGUUAUAAUCCCGAAUACGUCAGUCUCUGAACAUCGCCGGUCGCUGCUCAUCCGCGACCUCCAUGUCCGCGAGCCCAUCCAGUCCUUCUAGUCGUCGUUCAUCACAUUCAACACAUCCUCCUCGCUGGCGACGAACCAUCUCCGCGACAAAGAGCCAGCAGCCAGCCAGUAUUUCGCUAGUCUACGCGCAGCCCGAGCAAGGUUCGAAGCUGCGCUCCGCAAUUGACCAGCUACCCGCCCAUGCGCUGGACGACAACUCGAGCUCGUCGAGUAUCAUGUCGAAGAAGCGGGAGCGCUUGUCAUCGACCUCUACAGCUGGGAGAGAAACAGAUAUCGGGGAGGGCGAUGUGGACCGCAAACGCACCCGAACUCAGUCCGCGGCUGCGCAACAUCUUAGUCCAGCGUUGAUCCCACCACCUGAGGAAGAGGCUGUACAAAUUUUGCCCAUAGACGACGCAGACAGUCCUACAGCACCCUCUGACGCGUUGACAUCGCCACCACCGACAACCGGACUAUCAACGGAAACGGCUGCAGUGUCCACAGAGGCGGUGCCGUUUCCAAGCUCCGAGCGCGAGCCGAAGCAACUGUCAACUCGUUCGUCGUGGUUCGGAUCCUUGUCUCGCGCUAGAGGAAAAGACACAGUGAGAAGUGAGGAAACGCAAAGCAGGCCGACCGCGGAAGAUGCUCUCAAACUCGACCUUGAUAAGGUCAAUGAACAACCGAGAACGGAGCCCGUCUCGAGUCAAGGCGGACAGAAGGACCCGAGUGCGGAAUCCGACACAGCCCGACCGCAAUCCAUUACAAUGCCCCGGCCGCCUGUUCAGGCGUCACAGGCUACGCCUAGUCCAUCCUCCCCGGGACUGCCGACGAUUUCCGCUUCCGGCAUCGGCGCGUCUCCUUCCCUCAUGUCAGUCGACGAGGAAGUCCCUCGGGCGAGACUUGCCACAGACAGCCCGCCCAUGGAGAUGUUGCAUGCGCAGGUGCAGCCUCAGGAUGACCUAUCGAUGGGGCGCAAGCCUUCCAUGUCCGACUUGAACCCGUCGACGAGCCGUUUCACGCUGCGGAUACCUCUGCUCGGACGUCCGAAGGUCCCGUUGCAGCAGGCUGUGAAGAGUGCGGAAGUGAGUGCGCAGCUGGAUGGAGCGACGUCUGGGAGAAUUGAAGUCGCGAAGGAUGGUGUGAAGGAUGCUGCGGGUCAAUUACAGUCUUCGACAUCCGCCGGCGAGCACAAAGUUGGGGAGAGCAAUGGUGACUCAGUUCAAACUGAAGAGUCUCAGCCACCACCUGGUACACCUCUUCCAACAAAGAUUGAGCGGGCAAUGAUGAGCUCAAUCAUGGCGCCAGACCCUGAGCCACCUUCGUCUGGCGCUUCGGCUACCGAACCCAGUCCCGCGCGGUCACCAGUGUCUGAGGCGCCCUCUCCGGAAUUGUCUGCGGAUGGGCCAUCGACAUCGCCGAGGCCACCUUCUGAUGACGAGACGCCGUGGGCAAAGAGCCGGAUACGGUGCGUGCGAGUGCGGCGUGGGUGCGGGGCGGGGAUCGUCGCACGGCGGGCGUGGGGAGGUUACGUGCGGGCGCAGUGAUUGGCUGAGGGCGAAACGCAACUGGUGCCACAAGUCCAAAAAACGUCCUUUUUUCGGCCAUAGUUUCCCCUCCCCGCAGGGAGCUCGCGUAUUAUGGGUGGUCAAAACUUUUCGUGGCACGCACAAAC